AUAUAACAAACACGUCGAUUAAGUGGCUAGAAUAGUUGCACAAGAAUAUCAGAAUAACCUAUAAAUUAAUUGGCGGGAAAAGUAUAAAUAAACUAGAUAAUAAACAGUGCUCAUAUAUUUUCAAUUAAUACUGAUAAAAUUAAAAUGAAUUUUUCUGCGGGUAGAAGAAAAGCAAAUAAUAUUACGCUUAAUCCAGACAUUGCAAAAGUUUUCGCUCACGAUUUAAAUAUGUACAAAACAAAUCCAUCAGACACAAUUUCUUUAAACGAAUUUGAAGAAUUAGCUUUAGAUAGAUUACAGUUAUUAAGAACAAUAGAACAAGCAUCUGCUAGAGGACAUAAACAAUUUUCAGAAGACUGGAAAAGUUAUAUUAAAGAAGAACUCGCUAAACUCGGCCUGAAAAGAUAUUUACGAUUACUUCUCGGCUACAACGGGCAAACCGAACAAGAUACACAAGCACGAAGGACUGAUCACCAUUCACACUUUAUAUUAAGACUCGCAUAUUGUCGUUCAGAAGAUUUAAGACGAUGGUUUCUUAUUCGAGAAUUGGAGUGGUUCAAGUUGAGAUUUUUAGUUCAAAAUCAACAGAGUAUCAUGAAAUUUUUAGAACUGAAUAAUCUGACGUAUCUUCCGAUUCCACAAGAUGCCAAAGAAAAAAUUAAAACUAAAGUAUUAGCAGCCACUGUAGGUGUACACGAAACUAAUUUUAACACAAUCGAUUUUUACAAAGUACCUUUUACAGAAGUUUUAUCACUAAUUAAAAAUAGGAGAGUGUUUUUAGAACAUGGAUACGCUUAUAUUCCCACUUCUGAAUUGGUAGUUUCAAUACAAGCCCAAUUUAGGGCAUCCCUAAAUGAAUCUUUAAGCACAUACAAUCAACGUCUGCCGUCUGUAGACGAUGACAGAUUAAAUUCAUUAUUGUGUAAUCUCCACAACGUAUACACUGGGAAAACACACGUCGUCGAAGAUUCGAAAGAUGGUAUCAAUCCCGCCAAUUUGGAUAAUUAUUCUCAACAGCAUUUCCCGCUUUGCAUGAGGCAUUUGUACAACACUUUAAAAUCUAAUCAUCAUCUAAAACAUCAGGGAAGGCUGCAACUCAGUUUAUUCCUCAAAGGAAUUGGAUUGCUAUAUGAAGACGGUAUGAAAUUUUGGAGAGAAGAAUUCACUAAAAACCCCAAUAUCGAUGAGACCAAAUUCGACAAAUCUUACUCGUACAUAUUCAGACAUUCGUAUGGUAAAGCAGGUGGCAUGACCAAUUAUUCUCCGUAUAGUUGUAUCAAAAUAAUAAUGAGUAGUGUCGGACCAGGGGAACAUCACGGUUGUCCGUUUAAACAUUGGGAUCCUAGCAUUUUGAAAAAUAAAUUAGUAGAGUACGGCUUAGCUCCACAAGCAAUAUCCUCCGUUAUGGAUUUAGUUAACGGAGGACAUUUCCAGUUGGCUUGUAGUAAAUAUUUCGAGUGUGUUAGCGGACAACCUCCAACUACCACCAUUAAUCAUCCCAAUCAAUAUUUUUCUGAUAAACUUGGCAUUUUUAAAGAGAAACAAGCAAAGAAAAAUUGAUUUUUCAAAAAUUUUAUUUAUUAAAUAUUUUUUUAUGCCAAUUAUUGUUUGUAUAAUAAAUAAUAGAGAAAAUAUAGAGGAGUUCUACUUUAUUUCAUUAUUUACCUUCCUUUUGAGUUCCUAGUUAUCAAUUCUCAAAAUAACUAAUUGCAAUAGGUACAAAUUAAAACGACAAACCCAAAACCCACCAUAGGCCUACAAAUUAUAUUUUUCCACAAUUCAAAG